UCUCUCUCUCUCUCUCUCGCUUUCUCUCAGUCUUUUAGCCUCAGACCCUCCCUCUUGACAAGCAGAACUGAUCAGAGCAGCACAAUGGAAAGAGUUCCCUCAUCCUUCUUUUCCAGCCCAUGGCCUGGGCAAGGAUUGGUCACUCACAGCUGGCCAUGGGUCACUGGCCAACUGGGACAAUACAGCUGGACACCGAUUUCAUUCAACAUUCCAUCAACAGUUCACAGUGGAGCAGCUAAGGCACAAAUGGAAACAGACAGCUUCACUAUAAGCAUGGAUGUCAGACACUUCGAACCCGAUCAACUCAGUGUGAAGGUUUCUAGAGAUUUUGUGGAAGUGCAUGGGAGACAUGAACAAAAGAAGGAUCAACAUGGAUUGGUGAGCAGAGAGUUCCAAACGCGACACCGGAUCCCAAAAGGUGCGGCUGUGUCUGCUAUCAGUUCAUCACUUUCCUCAGAAGGCAUUCUUCGGGUAAUAAUCCCAUUGCUCAACUCCAAGUCCCAAAAUGAACAUUUGGUACCCAUCUCAGUGGGACAGGAUAUGCUGGAAAAGAUCAGAGUGCAAACAAAGGACAGAGAGGCGAUAUAUGUACAAGACAAACUAAGUUUGAAAUAAAGUUCUGACUGCACAAAACAUUAUGGUGUAGGAUAGUAUCAAGAGCUAGGACAUUGCUAAAUUCUUUGCAUAUUAACACCAUACUUUAUUAAAGUGUGUUAACUUA